AAGACGUGGUGCUUCUCUCAGAGCUCAGUCACUUGGCAUCUUUGGCUCAAAGUGAACAGCGGUCGGUGGAUAUAGCGUCCCUUGAUUUUUUUUAUUUAUCUUUCCCCAAAAAAAUAUUGCAAUGGCACGACGGUUAUUUUCAGCGCAGGAAGCUGUAGAGCAGACUCUUGACAGUGAUGCUGAUCCUGAGUCUGGAGCAGAAAGCUUUUUCACGGAUGAAGAGGUGGAUUACAUGGAGCGUCUGGACCCAGCUGAAGACGGUAAUGCUUCCCUGUUGACCUCCCCCAAAACCUCUACACCAAGGAGACGGAAAAUUUCAAGAGGGCGGAGCAGAAGCAGAUCAAGGAGCAGAUCAGGGCAACGCAGCAGAUCUCCCUCACGCCCUGAAUCUUCAGUUCAACAAACCAGGUGGAACAGUGCGCACGUCCCUGACACUCUCUGUGACCUCAAAAAAUUCACACCAAAAAGGAAACCAGGACACCAGCUUGACACAAGUGCGACAUACACCCCGUUAGAUCUAUUUUCACUUUUUCUGGACAGAAGUGCAAUAACCACUCUUUGCACUAACAUAAAUAAACAGGCUGCAAAAAACAUUGCAAAGGGGAAAAAAUAUGUAUGGACCAUCACUAGAAGAAACAGAGUUUUACAAAUUUAUUGGACUAAUAUUUUACUUUGGUUUGGUAAAGCUCAGUGCAAUAGCAGACUAUUGGAAAAAGAAUUCAAUAUUCAGCCAAUCUUUCCCUCCCAAAGUGAUGUCUCGGGAUCGUUAUCGGACCAUAUGUUGGAACAUUCACAUGAGUGACCCAGACAAAGACAUUGAGAAUGACAGGAACAAAGGGACCCCCCAAUAUGAUAAACUGUUCGCGCUAAGGCCACUCCUUGACACCCUCACAGCAGCAUGCAAAACACAUUAUCACCCCAGACAGAACAUUGCCAUUGAUGAGAGGAUGGUUGCAACAAAGGCUCCCACUGGAAUGACCCAGUAUAUGAAAGCCAAACCAACAAAGUGGGGGUUCAAACUCUUUGUGUUGGCUGACAGUUCCAAUGGGUACACAGUGGACUUUGCAGUUUACACAGGCAAGUCACAGUUUGCCUCUGGCAAGGGACUUGCAUAUGACUCUGUUAUGUCUCUUGUAAACCAUUCAUUUCUAGGCAGUGGAUACCACCUAUAUGUAGACAACUUCUACACCAGCCCAAAACUCUUCAGGGACCUGUAUGCUGAAAACAUUGGUGCAUGUGGUACAUACAGGGAAAACAGAAAAGACUGUCCUCGCACUCAGAGUAAUGCUCUGUCAAAAAAGGAUCCCAGAGGCACAAUACGGUGGAUCAGGGAUGGCCCACUGUUGUUUGUGAAGUGGAUGGACUCACGGGAAGUCGCCAUCUGCUCCACCAUUCAUCUGGCUUUCACAGGUGAGACUGUGAAGCGACGCUUCAAAGACACUGAUGGCACAUGGGUCACCCAGAAUGUCCCAUGCCCAAAUCCUGUCAUUGAAUACAACAGACACAUGGGAGGAGUUGAUCUUUCAGAUCAGCUGAUCCAGUACUACUCAGUACACCAUACUACAAUGCGCUGGUACCGGACCCUUUUUUAUCAUUUUUUGGACAUUGCAGCCACCAAUGCAUAUAUUCUCUACAAGGAGUUGUGCAAAGAAAAAGGACAGACUGCAGUGACACACAGGGGAUUCCUGGAGGAGCUGACAGCCCAGUUGUGUGGUGUGACUGUAACAGUCUCUCCUGCCAAGGCCCCUGAACAGCACUUGCCAGUGGCAAUAAGUGAGCAAGCAGAGACAAGCAAGAGGGCCUCAUAUGGGAGGAGAGGCUGUGUUCUCUGCAGGAACAGUGCCCAAAAAAAGCAAGCUACUCCUUGGAAAUGCCAAGUCUGUGAUGUAGCACUCUGUCUCAUUGCAGACAGAAACUGUUUUCAGGAGUGGCAUCAACUUCAAUAAAACGAGUGGCUAUCUUUGCAAUUGUUAUGGUGUUUUGUACAUUUAUAUUAUAGUUAGAACCUUAAUUUUUUACCCCAUUAUCCCUAAGACCUUAGAAAACAUUUUUAAAAUGUCCAGAAAGUUGUUCAUUAUAGUUUGCUGUGUUUUUACAAUAAAUAUAUGUGAAGUUUA